GCUGAGCAGUCGCCGGUAUUCCCAUAUUGCCAAGCGCAGUAUGGCCUCUUCCGCAGAUAAUGUUGCUCCCAUCGAGAGUAAUGGCGCAAAAAGACACGCCGAGACGCCUUUGCGUAGCGAGGAAGGUUCACGAGGAAAUUACAGAUUCAAGAACAAACGAAUGAAGAACGGCCAUGCCGAGCAAAGCAAGAUACUAAAGACGAACGGUACCAACGAGGAGGUCUUAUUGGAGGAUGUCACUGCGCUCAUCAAAAAAUUGAAGUUAGAAAGAGAAGGGAAAGAGGCAACAACGCAACUACCCGAAAAGUUCAAAGAAAUUACUGUCGAGAUCAAGGAAUUAUCAUCUACCGGAGAGGGUCUUGGAUUUCAGCAAGGUUCGGAUUCAGAUCAAGUCAUUGUUGUACCUUUCAGUGCGCCAGGAGAUGUUGUCACCGCACGUCCACACAGGCAUGCCGAGAAGGAAAAAUACACCAUGGCCGAUUUUGUCAAUGUUGUCACGCCCUCAAUUCACCGCGACUCGUCGCUGAUAAAGUGCCCCUACUUUUCCAGUUGCUCGGGUUGUCAAUUUCAGAUGCUGCCCUACGAUUUCCAACUGGAACACAAAAAGUCAAUCGUUCAAAAAGCUUUCCAAAACUUUUCUAACUUAUCACCUGAGCUCAUCCCGACUAUUGGCGACACAAUUGGCUCACCCCUACAAUACGGAUACAGGACAAAGCUUACGCCGCACUUUGAUGGUCCACCGGAUGCUCGUCGAAGCGACGGGCGACAUGGCAUCAGACGUAGAUUCAAAGAAGUACCACCGAUUGGCUUCAUGAAGAAAGGAACCAGGAUCACCAUCGACAUAGAAGACUGCCCAAUCGGUACGGAUGCUGUGCGCGCAGGCAACAAGCGCGAACGCAAACGCGUCGCCGAUACCCUCGAGAAGUAUCACAGAGGCGCCACCAUCCUCCUCCGCGAAAGCACUACCCGGAUACCCAAAUCCGAAUACGACCCUACGAUGCAAGCAGACCCACUCGCAGUCAUCGAAGACCGAGGCGACCACAUCCAUAGCAAGAUAUGCAUAACAGACCCCAACGCGAAAUCCACCGAAUACGUUGACGACUUCCAAUUCGUCAACCCAGCAGGCUCCUUUUUCCAAAACAACAACAGCAUCCUCCCCGUCUUCACCCAGUACAUCCGCGAGCACAUCUUACCUUCUUCCCCCGACCACAAAAUCAGCCAUCUCAUCGACGCAUACUCUGGCUCAGGCCUUUUCACAAUCACGCUCUCAAGUUUAUUCAAAACCUCGCUGGGCAUCGACAUUUCCUUGGAGAGCAUCCAGUGUGCAAGCAAGAAUGCGCGUCUGAACAAUCUGCCAGAAAACUCCGCACGCUUCAUCGCUGCGAAUGCUGCACGCCUCUUUGAAUCGAUCACGUCUCCUGCCGACGAAACAGUCGUUAUGCUUGAUCCGCCGCGAAAAGGUUGUGAUGAAUCUUUUCUGCGGCAGUUAGUGGAAUAUGGCCCUGCGAGAAUCGUCUACGUGAGUUGCAAUGUCCAUACGCAGGCUAGGGAUGUUGGUGUUUUGGUUGGUGGCAUGAGGGGCGUGGAUGGCGGGUUUGGAGAGGGAAAGGGAUGCUAUGAGAUUGAAAGCCUGAGGGGCUUCGACUUCUUCCCUCAGACGGGGCAUGUAGAGGGUGUUGCUGUGUUGAGUAGGAAGAAAAUUGGGUCAGUUGGAGAAACUAACGGGGCAUAGAGUGGUGAGGUGACGAUGGAGUAGUUGGUCUGCAAAUCUCUGGCGUUUUUUGGGGUGAGACAUACGGUCAGACAAUCUUUUUCUAUCCGGCGCAUAUAUCAGCAUACAAACGUAAAGGCCUUCACUGCCUCAUAUGCUUGGUCAAAUUUUCUGGAAAACGCUACUCGCAUUUUGGCAGACAUAUCACAUUUGCACAAUCACAUGAAAUUCAUAUUGUG